GUCCAUCCCCGCUUCGCCCAUAUCUACUACCACCACGCUUGGCUCCUCUUCGCCGACUACCGCAUCUGCAACUCACUCUAUUGCUGACCUCUCUAUCAAAGACGUUUCAGAUGAAGAUAAGGCUGCAGCCACCGCCCUCAAGACGCAAGCAAACGCUGCGUUCUCGAAGCAGGACUACACAAAGGCUGCGCACUUGUAUUCUGAGGCCAUUGAACAUAACCCCACAGACGCCACGCUGUUUUGUAACCGCGCAUAUGCGCGCAUGAAGAUUGAGGAACAUGGAUAUGCGAUUGGCGAUUGCACCAAAGCAAUCGAAUUGGAUCCAAGUUAUGUCAAGGCGUACUACAGACGUGCACUAUGUCAGGUCCAAGUUCUCAAACCGAAGCUCGCCGUCACAGACUUCAAAAAAGUAAUCGCACUCGAACCUAACAAUGCUCUUGCGCGAACGCAGCUCGACACGACACAGAAGCUCAUUCGCAGGACGGAGUUUGAGAAGGCGAUUGAGAUGGAAGAGGAGAUGAAUGCGGUGGAACGGUGCAAGGAGAUCAUCGCCGAAGAUAGUUGCUUAGUCGAUAAGACCUACGCAGGUCCGCAACUCCCGAGCUCGGACGGCGGAAAAACGUACAGUAUCUCCGAGUCGUUCAUUAAGGAUAUGAUUGCGUGGUUUAAGGAGGGGAAGUCUAUCCCACGGAGGUACGUAUGGGAGAUCGCCAUGGGCGCAUAUGCACAUUUCGUGCGCGAGGAAAGCAUGGUCGAGAUGAACCUUGAGGAUGGGAUGACGUGUGAUGUUAUCGGGGAUGUGCAUGAUUUGACGGGAACGCCGUCGGAGAAGCACUGCCUACUCAUGAAUGGAGACCUCGUCGAUCGAGGCUCGUGGUCUAUUGAGGUCAUCGUCACUGCCCUUGCCUUCAAAUGGCUCUACCCGAACCGGAUGUUCAUCAAUCGUGGAAAUCAUGAGACAAAGGAUAUGAACCGCCAGUAUGGGUUUGAGGGUGAAGCGAAACAUAAACAUGGGGAACAGACUUACAAGCUCUUCACGCAUGUCUUCACUGCUCUACCGCUCGCAACUCUGAUAAACGCAACACGCCCGCCCGUCCCGGAUCCGAAGUCCUCGCGAAAACCAAUACUGUCGGAAGCCGGCCUGAAACGUUAUUUCGUUGUACACGGCGGCCUGUUUAGCAAGGAUGGUGUGACGCUUGAUGAGAUUCGAAAGAUUCCGAGGGUAGGGAAGCAGCCUGGGCAGGAGGGGUUGAUGUGCGAGUUACUUUGGACGGACCCACAAGAACUUCCGGGACGUGGGCCGAGUAAGAGGGGCGUCGGCAUUGCCUUUGGACCGGACGUUACGAAACGGUGGUGUGAGCUGAAUAAAGUGACUGGGAUCUUCCGUAGCCAUGAAGUCCGACAAGAUGGCUAUGCAAUUGAACACGAGGGACUCUGCACGACUGUCUUCUCCGCUCCGAAUUAUGUCGAUCAGAGUGGGAAUCGUGGUGCAUUUGUCCGAGUGGACUCGUCGGGGAGGUGCGAGUACCGACAAUUCGACGCGAAGCCGCAUCCGCCGUUAAAGCCGAUGGCGUAUGCGCAGGGUUCACUUGCGAGUAUGUUCAUGUAGUGUAGUCUGUUUGCUUUGGUUUAUCAACAAUUGAUCUACAACGUUGCUGUGUAUUUCUUGAUUUCUCUCUCGCAUCUGGCCUGUCUCAUUUUGUCCUGUAUCUCAUCCUGUGUGCUCGAUAAAUAUUCAUUUUG